AUGGCUCGUCCUUCAUUGGAGAAAGAUGAAAACUUUGAUAAAGAACGUCCUGAAGGAAAACCACGGAUUGGUUUUUUCGUUUAUAUGUUAUGUUUUAUGGCCGUUAUCGGAGGUUUCCUUUUCGGCUACGACACGGCUGUAGUGUCAGCGGUAUUGUUGUAUAUACCUGAAGCACCUGGCCUUAAACCAAUGAACAAUCAGUGGAAACAACUCAUCGUUAGCAUAACACCAGGAAUGGCCGCGUUGGGAGCACUGUUUGCCGCUCCGUCGUCGGAUAAAUUUGGACGUAAGAAGAUCGUGAUCACUUCAAGUUUUGUUUUCACUAUUGGAGCGAUCAUAUGUGCUGCAUCAGUAAGUAGAGCCAUGCUGUUCGUUGGUAGAAUAUUUCUGGGACUUGCUAUUGGUAGGAUUUCAAUUCGACUUUAUCACAAAUGGUAUUGCAGAGUUCACAUUCUGAUUUUGUACUGUUUAUUAUUUGAGUUAUGA